CUUCAUUUCUUGGCUGGUAACUUCCUCAUUUCACCACACCUACUGUUACUGGCAGAAAAAAACCCAAGCAAACUGCUGUCAGAGCCAGCAGACACAUGCCAGAGAAAUUGUGGGAUCCUUCAAAUCUCCUACCAAUAGAAGUUCCAUGUGGAAGUCCAUAUGCUGAGGCUGUGUGUUGUGUUCAUCUGCCUUUUGUAUGGGGUGAAAACAGAUCCUCAGGAGACAUGUCCUGCAUUCACAGCCCUUGGCUUUGGGAAUGCUUUGAUAGGGACAGAUCUGAAAGUGAAGCUGCUGCUCUACACCCGGCAGAACCCAACCUGUGCUGAGGAGCUCCACUCAACAGCCUCCAAGUACCUCAAUGUGACCAAGAAAACGACCUUCAUCGUCCAUGGGUACCGAUUCACAGGCUCUGCCCCAGUCUGGAUCCCUGACCUGGUGCAUCUCCUGCUUUCUGUAGAGGACAUGAACGUCAUCGUUGUGGACUGGAACCAGGGAGCAACGACUCUCAUCUACAGCUAUGCUGCCAGGAAGUGCAAAAGAGUUGCUGAGAUUCUGAAGAAACUUAUAGAUGAAAUGUUGAUUGAUGGAGCAUCCCUUGACUCCAUGCACAUGAUAGGAGUGAGCCUGGGAGCACACAUCUCUGGCUUUGUGGGACAGAUGUUUGAUGGCACACUGGGAAGAAUCACAGGCCUUGACCCCGCGGGCCCCCUGUACAGGGGCACGGCGCCGAGCGAGAGGCUGGACCCCACGGACGCACAGUUUGUGGAUGUCAUUCACUCUGACACCGACGGACUGGGUUACGGAGAAGCACUGGGCCACAUCGACUUCUAUCCCAACGGUGGGACCGACCAACCAGGCUGCCCACUGACAAUAUUCUCUGGGUUGCAGUAUUUUAAAUGUGACCACCAGAGGUCUGUUUUCCUGUUCCUGUCCUCCCUGACACAGAGCUGCAAUAUCACCACAUACCCCUGCAACUCAUACAGGAACUACAGGAAUGGCAAAUGCACCAGCUGUGAACCCUUCUGGCCCAUGCCAUGCCCCAUCCUAGGUUAUUAUGCCUCUGAGUGGAAAAGCUAUUUAACACAACAGAGCCAUCCAGUGACAAGUAUGUUUUUCUACACAGCAGACAAAGAGCCAUUUUGCAUCUAUCACUACCUGGUGGAUAUUAUCACAUGGAACAAAGACACCAGGAGAGGCACCUUCAGCAUCGUGCUAGCUGAUGAAGAUGGGAGGAAGGCAGAAUCAAAAGUUAAUCCAGAAGCUGCCACCUUCCAGCAGUACAAACUAAUCACUUUGCUCAUUGGGUUCGACCAGGAUCUUGAAAAUGUGGAAAGAAUUUCCUUGACAUUUUCCACAGGAUCUGUCAUUGGCCCAAAAUUCAAACUCAGGAUUCUCCAAAUGAGGUUCCACUCACUGACAAACCCAGAAAGACCCCAGCUGUGCCGAUACGACCUGGUCCUGAAUGAGAACACCCAGAAAACCUUCAAGCCUAUCCCAUGCUGAAGCAGGAGCCGAGUCCCGAGGACGCUGUGCCCGGACAUUUCCCCGCCGUGUGGGGACUCACCUGGGGGGCCCCGGGCCCCUUCUGUGGGGGCCGAGCAGCGGGACCUGCUCUGCACGCAGUGUACAAACGGGCUGGGAGAGUGGCAAUAAAACCAUGGCGGCACAUGGC